UGAUCAUCUGGGCUGUGAUCCUCAAACACGGUUCUCUGUCCCUCCUAAUAUCAAACAGUGGAUUGCUUUGCUGCAGAGGGGAAAUUGCACAUUUAAAGAGAAAAUAUCACGGGCUGCUUUCCACAAUGCAGUUGCUGUAGUCAUCUACAAUAAUAAAUCCAAAGAGGAGCCAGUCACCAUGACUCAUCCAGGCACUGGAGAUAUUAUUGCUGUCAUGAUUACAGAGUUGAGGGGUAAGGAUAUUUUGAGUUAUCUGGAGAGAAACAUCUCUGUACAAAUGACAAUAGCUGUCGGAACACGAAUGCCGCCAAAGAACUUCAGCCGAGGCUCUCUAGUCUUCGUGUCAAUAUCCUUUAUUGUUUUGAUGAUUAUUUCUUCAGCAUGGCUCAUAUUCUACUUCAUCCAGAAGAUCAGGUACACAAAUGCACGCGACAGGAACCAGCGUCGUCUUGGAGAUGCAGCAAAGAAAGCCAUCAGCAAAUUGACAACCAGAACGGUAAAAAAGGGUGAUAAGGAAACAGACCCAGACUUUGAUCAUUGUGCAGUCUGCAUAGAGAGCUAUAAGCAGAAUGAUGUUGUCCGGAUUCUCCCCUGCAAGCAUGUUUUCCACAAAUCGUGCGUGGAUCCCUGGCUUAGUGAACAUUGUACCUGUCCUAUGUGCAAACUUAAUAUUUUGAAGGCUCUAGGAAUUGUGCCAAAUUUGCCAUGUACUGAUAACGUAGCAUUUGACAUGGAAAGGCUCACCAGAACCCAAGCGGUUAACCGAAGAUCAGCCCUGGGUGACCUUGGCAGCGACAGCUCCCUUGGCCUUGAGCCACUUCGAACUUCGGGGAUCUCGCCUCUUCCUCAGGAUGGGGAGCUCACGCCCAGAGCGGGGGAGAUCAACAUUGCAGUAACAAAAGAGUGGUUUAUUAUUGCCAGUUUUGGCCUCCUCAGUGCCCUCACGCUCUGCUACAUGAUCAUCAGAGCCACAGCUAGCUUGAAUGCUAAUGAGGUAGAAUGGUUUUGAAGAAGAAAAAAACUGCUUUCUGACUGAUUGCCUUGAAGGAAAAAAGAACCUAUUUUUGUGCAUCAUUUACCAAUCAUGCCACACAAGCGUU